AUGAACGAAUCGUUUUGUGCCGGCCUUCUGCAGUCUCGCCUCGCUCAUUCUGACUUGAGAGAGCUUCGCACAACUUUCAUUGUUAACUGUGUCUUCAAUAAUUUUUCAAAUUAUACCACUAUCAUGUUCAACAUUGUAACACUGUAUGCCAUGCGAAAAACUUCAUCUUUGCAAAGGACUUUGAAAACUUUGCUGCUAAGUCUUGCAGUUUCUGAUAUUGGAGUCGGUUUAUUUGUUCAACCAUUUUACACUUUCUCUCUAAGCAAGUGGCUUCAACUGGACAAUCCAAGCUGCAACGUUUACCGAGCUUGGAUUAUUUCAUGUCUUUUGUUUUCAUCUGCUUCGUUCCUUGGUGUUGUGGCUGUAAGUGUAGACAGGUUUUUAGCAGUUCAUCUUCAUCUCAGAUACCAGGAGCUUGUGACUCACAAGCGUGUUGUAAUUGUUGUGACCUCCCAAUGGGUGUCCAGUGUAUUUUUUUCGUUAAUAAUAUUGUGGGGAUCGUUUUUUAUAAGGAAGCUCAUUACUGUAGUUUUUUCAGCUAUUGGCUUUAUUCUCACAUUUGUGGUGUACGUCAAAAUAUAUUUAAUUGUUCGACGGCACAAGAAUCAGAUUCAGUCCGAGCAAGUAAAAGAAGUUGCUCAAACUGGGGAAAUGACAAAUUUUGCUGCCCUCGUUAAAUCCACAGUUGGUGUAUUUUAUGUAUAUCUGGUGUUUUUAGUUUGUUAUUUGCCCUUUACCAUCGGCAUUGCUGGUUUUAGAACCAGUGAUAUGAGUUUCCUUUUUACAGAUUUUUAUCCAUUCUCUCUGACUAUCAUGUAUCUUAAUUCAUCUUUGAACCCUGUCAUUUACUGCUGGAAGAUGAGACACAUUCGACACGCUAUCGUGGACAUACUUCGGAACAUCUCUCGCAGAAGAAAUCAUCCAUCUCGCGUA